UCUAACAAUGAAAGCGUCGUUGUAUUAAGCUUCCGAGCGCGUCAGCUGCAAGGAAUAGCUGACCUACAAGAUGAGCUGCUUCGGAUCUCUCCAGUAAUGGAACACAAGCAGAAUAUUACCAAAGACGACAAAAGAGCUGUAGAUGCAGCCAUGCUUACAUUUGUAUACUGUUAUCCAGCCCAAGCUGUACGCAACUAUGAGACUUUAUCCCAUAAUGCAGCCUCUACGAUUCCACCAAACGCGAUUCUCAUCGGCUCAUUACAUGUUUUUGAUCCGCCUUCAGCGCAUAAGCCUAAUUCAAAGCGCCGCCUUGUUCCCACCACUCAUGAUUCACUCGGCGUUGUGAGUCGUAUUAUGAAAGAUGAUAUCAUACGCAACGCAACAGGCCCUGUUGGCUUCCGUGAAAUAGACCAAGCAGGGCGCAUCCGUCGAGUACAAAAGAAAGCUUUCACGGCACGCCUAGUCUUCGCUUUAAUGAUAGGGGUCUCACUUAUUGGUCCUAUCCUUAUAAUGACACUUCAUGAGUCGACCAGCGCAAGCCUUUGCACUGUAUCAGUUGCGACGUUCAUCUUCGCUCUAGUCAUGGCCCUCUUUGCAACAGAGGUGGAUGGGAAGGACGUAUUAGCUGCUACGGCUGCCUAGGCGGCGGUGCUCGUGGUAUUAUUUGGAACAAGCACGCCUUCCAAUGCUAUCUGAGGUGAUGAAUCCGUUUAUAUACUUUGAGAUGGUAAUAUAGCAACAAAGAAGAAAAUGAUGAAUAGUGGGGGCUGUGAUGAAGGUGUGGUGGAUGAUGUAUGUGGUUCCAUUACAACUAGACAUUUCCCAACACAGCUCCUUAAUAUCAGAAAGCGGACAUUGAGACUGAGCUAGGCUGCGUUUGUUGGGCUAAACCAGCAACUGAUUCACNAAAAAAAAAAAA